AUGUGGAAUAAACAAUCGAGAUCGAUUUUUGUCUUAGUUUUAGUUUAUCUGACUUCUGUGAAUGGUGGUGCUAUACAAUUAACAAGUAGUAAUAUUGAUUCGAUUCUUUCAUCAUAUGAAGUAGUAUUUAUUAAUUUUUAUGCAAAUUGGUGUCGAUUCAGUCAAAUGCUUGAUCCGAUCUAUAACGAAUUAGCUGAUAAAGUAGCAAGAGAAUUUCCUCAACAUGGUCUCAUUGCCAUCGGAAAAGUUGAUUGUGAUGCUGAAAAUGCAAUUGCUGUGAAAUAUCACGUGAACAAAUACCCGACAUUGAAAUUAUAUCGACACGGCGUUAUGACGAAACGAGAAUAUCGUGGGGCAAGACAAGCUGAUGCUUUUAUGGACUUUCUCAGAAAACAAAUUGAAACAUCGAUUACAAGAUUAGCAUCACCAAGCGAUCUAUAUACAUUAGACUCGAAAAAACGUUAUGUUGUUGGCCAUUUCGACGAUGAGAAUUCAGAAAAUUACAAAACAUUUAUCAAAGUCGCCAGCUUACUUCGCGAUGAAUGUAACUUUGUUGCAUCGACAAAUAAGGAUGAUUUCAAAAAUGAACGUCCAUCAAAUGAUGUCAUUUAUUAUCGUCCAGUACAAGCAUUGAACGAAAAAGAAACAUAUUAUACUGGUCUGAUUAAUCAACAAGAAUCACUAUUGACAUGGUCUCGUGAAAAAUGUGUACCAUUAGUUCGUGAAAUAACAUUCGCAAAUGCUGAAGAAUUAACAGACGAAGGCUUACCAUUUCUUAUUCUUUUUCAUAAAGCUGACGAUCAUGAUUCGGUCGUUGCAUUCGAACGCGAAGUUGCCAAACAAUUGAUGAGCGAAAGAUCGAGUGUCAACUGUUUACAUGCAGAUGGUGCUCAGUUUCUUCAUCCGCUUCAACAUCUAGGCAAAUCGCUCAAUGAUUUACCUUUACUAGCAAUCGACAGCUUCAAACAUAUGUUCCUCUUUCCGGACAUCAAUGAAAUGUCAAAAGACGGUAAAUUAUUACAAUUCGUCAAAGAUCUACACUCGGAAAAGCUUCAUCGUGACUUUCAUAACCCGCCACCGCCAACGCAACCAACAACGACCGUUCCAUCCGUUGGGGAGAGUGGAGAUUCAAAAAGUAAACAUAUUCCAAAGACAAGUUCAGAUGCAUCGGCAUCUGCCAAUGCUGCCAAUCAGUUCCUGAAACACGGUGCAGAUCCAUCAGUACCCCCUGAAUCUGUUUUUGUCCGCUUAUCACCAAAUCGUCAACGCUAUUCAUUUCGUGAUGAACUCUAA